GCGAGCCACCAGCCUCUUCAGGGAGAAGAAGAGCCUGCUGGGUGAACCGGGAGGGGGUGUCCAUUUUAUUUACACUUGAGAGAGAGAGCUCUGUAACUGUUAAUCGGCUUUUCUUUAGCUCUAAAAGUUAAAAAUACAGGCAUUUAGAGAUGAGCAGCUCAGAAGAAGUGUCGUGGAUUUCCUGGUUCUGUGGACUGAGGGGAAAUGAGUUCUUUUGUGAGGUGGACGAGGACUACAUCCAGGACAAGUUCAACCUGACGGGCCUGAAUGAGCAGGUUCCUCAUUACCGCCAGGCCCUGGACAUGAUCUUGGACCUUGAACCAGACGAGGAGCUGGAGGACAAUCCCAACCAGAGCGACCUGAUCGAGCAGGCGGCCGAGAUGCUCUACGGCCUCAUCCACGCUCGCUACAUCCUCACCAACCGAGGCAUCGCACAGAUGCUGGAAAAGUACCAGCAGGGAGACUUUGGAUAUUGCCCACGAGUAUAUUGCGAGAAUCAGCCCAUGCUCCCCAUCGGCCUGUCGGACAUCCCAGGAGAGGCCAUGGUGAAGCUCUACUGCCCUAAAUGUAUGGACGUCUACACACCCAAGUCCUCCAGACACCACCACACAGACGGCGCCUAUUUUGGCACCGGCUUCCCCCACAUGCUCUUCAUGGUUCACCCUGAGUACCGACCCAAGAGGCCCGCCAACCAGUUCGUCCCACGGCUGUACGGCUUCAAGAUCCACCCCAUGGCCUACCAGCUGCAGCUGCAGGCCGCCUCCAGCUUCAAGAGCCCCGUCAAGGCCAUCCGCUAGGAGCGCCCCCCCCCCCCCCCCCCCCCCCCCAUGCGGGAGGAGGCAGGAGGGGCGCGGCGAAGGGAACGCAUGGAGAGGGGUCACCUGUCUUUUCUACAGCUCCCCCGGAUGCCCCCUCCCCAUCGUCAAGACUGUAUUAUUUUUGAUUUAGAAUAGCCCGUAUGGGCGGGGGGGAAGGGGUUAAAGAUUUAAGUGUGAGCGAGACAGAAAAAUAAAACACACACAUAGACGACAAACUUUAGGUUUACCGUACCGAACUCAUCCGUGCCAAAAACAGAAGGUCUGAGGAAGCCGAGGAACCGAGGCGCAGCGUGGCACUACAGUUUGUUUCCGUGUUUUAUUUUUUUAUUUUAUUUUUUAUCAUUCAGCUGAUUGAUGGAGAGAACGUUUAGAAGCUGCAGCGUUCGGCGAGCGGCGGGGAACCCUCCGUCUUCGCUCGGCCUCCUCUCCCCCCCGGAGCCGCCGGCUGACGCUCAGAAACGUGGUUUGGAUGCUGCUAGCAGGUCGUUUUUUUUUUUUAUUUUAUUUUAUUUUUUUUAUUCAUCACGCAUUUAAACGGAACAGAUUCAAGCUAUUUCUGGGGUGGCUCGUUUUUUUUAAACGUUCUUUAAAUUUGCCUUACGGUACAGAAGAGAAGAAAAGUGACUGUUUAGGGAAAGACAAAUCAGACUUUGAGUCGUCGGCCGGUUGUAACUAACGGCCCUCUUUAAUCCUCCUGCUGUCUGCAUGCGUGAAAGCAGCCCCCCCCUCCCGUUCAUGCAGUCGGAUUCCUUCCCCCCCAGAAAUAGUUUGACGUCUCGGAGCGACUCCUGGUAUCAGCCGUCACUCGUCGCGGGCUUUCUGUGUUGAAUUCAUUCGGAAACAGGAAACAUAAAGGCGAACAGCGGUUUCCAGUCCGUUUGCUUCUACGAUGAACUAAACAGUUUAUAGUUCAUGUUUUUAUUGUUUGUUUUUUUAAUGAGCCCCUAACAAACAGGAUGGAAAUGUGACGUUUGGAGCCCGGUCACUUGUUCGAUCCUUUUUUUUUUUUUUUUUAGUUAAACAGCCUGAAGUUCAUACGCAUCAGCUGGACAUUCAGCAACGAUCCGAUGGCAGGUAGACGUAACGUUACACAGCGUUGGUUUUAAAGUGCUUAUUUCCGGCAUUUCGUUUUUUUUCCACAGUAAAACAGGGUCCCUGCAGUCGUGUAGUAUCACAUUUGGUUUAUUCGUUUUUUCCAAGUCAGGAUAAGUAUGGAAAGGGUGAAAAAUUAGCCUAGAAAAAUGUUUUUCUUGAUUUUUGAGUUUUUUUUAUUCUAUAAUUGAAAAUAUUUGUUUAUAUUCCUGUUUGGAUAAGAAAAAAAAUUGGAUAUCUUGUUUGUUUUUCUGCUCGGUGAUGAUUUAGAUGUUUGAGUUAGUCAGAUUUACACCUGUGAGAUUAUUGGAAAAGAGCAAUUUAGCAGUUUGUUUUAUUUUGUGGGGGGGUGUAGUUCUUGAUCUGGGUCAGGAUUAGAUGCAUAAUACCCAGACUUGAGUUGAUCUGUGCUCUAAAUACCAACAAAAGGUCAUUUUCUCUACUGAUGAUGGGGAUGUUUAAUGAUUUGUGGAAUAACUCUAGUAGUCAGAAACUCUACUAGUGAUGAAAAUGUUCCUAAAUUUUAAUAAAUGCAUGCGAGUUUAUACCAGCUGAUGUCUUCUGAUAACGUCCAGCUCUCACUAUAAUCCACUCGUAUGUUUACUGAGGGGUUAAUAGUGCAAAGCUUUUCCUGUUAACUGUGGUUCUGAUCCACGUUUGGGUCUCUUAACAGAGGCUGUAGUCCCCUGAUCAACCCCAAAAUAGCUAAAAGUGACCUGCUCCUGCAUGAAGGUGGUAAUCUGUGCGGCUCCUAAGGUUUGGGUUUACGAAUAGAAACAGGAUGUGGCGCCACAUCAGCACCACAAAACAAAGGCUUUCACAUCUGUUUGAGGAUUUUUGAUCCUCAAAUGAUUUAAUUUCUUUCUUCUUUUUUUUUUUUAACUCUCAGAGCCGGGCUCUCGCUCCCUGCUUGCCGACUCAGCAGCAGUACGUUAUCGCUCCUAAACGACACGAAGCCAAAUGUCAAACUAUUUCUGAGGAGUUCGACAAUCUGAAUCCUUCAGCUCGCUCCUCUGCUGCACCGAUCCGACUUCAGUCUCUCCUCCGUCUUUUAUUUAUGUUCAGCUUCAGACGGGCUCGCCGUCCCCUGACCCUCUGUUUAGGUUUUUACUUUUGUUCCAGUUUUGAUAGACAACAGGCCAACCCCCUUUUUUUGUUGCUGUGUGACUGCAGCAGGUUUUCCUCUUUGAGGCUUUAUGACGCAGGAGAAACUGUAUUUAUGUGUCCUGGUUUUAACUCAUGUUUGUGUUGUUUGUGCGACUGUGGAAGGGUGAGCAGGAUUCGGAAACUCAAUAAACUUCUAUUUUCUUUUCA